AUGCCCUCUUCCGCAUCUGCCGCGAGGAGGGCGGCCGUGCCCUCUACUCGGGGAUUGCCCCGGCACUGCUGAGACAGGCCUCGUACGGCACCAUAAAGAUUGGGAUUUACCAGAGCCUGAAACGUUUGUUUGUGGAUCGCCUGGAAGGUCGGUGUCGGUAAACGUAUUGGCUUUUCGCUCACUCCUUUCUUUGUCCUCCCCACAGCUGGAGCUUCUGACAGAAGCGGGCUUGUUACUCCACACUGUGGUUUUGUUUGGGCAGUAACAGCAAGGAUAAAUGUCCGUAGGGAUGUGAUUCGCGUUGUGCCUGGCUCUGCCGGACACCUCUCCUCCAGCCGGGGCUGCUCUUUCCUCUGUUUUGCAACAAUGGAGCUAGAAAAUGGGGAUCACUGAUCCAGGCUUAUCUCUGUUCUGUGUUUAGUCUCGGAGAGGACAUCGGGUCCCACCAGAUGUGUUACACAGGUUGAGAGCUUCAGUAGUGAGUCGCUCCUGCCUUCCUGCUGGAGCCUUAAUGGAGCAUCCUGGCUUGGAUCAGCCAUGGGGUGGCCAGCAGGAGCAGGGAAGGGAUGGUCCCCCCUGGACUCAGUGCUGAUGAGGCCGUACCUCGAAUCCUGGGUUCAGUUUUGGGCCCCUCAGUGCAGGAAAGACCUUGAGGGACUGGAGCACGUCCAGAGAAGGAAACAGUGGUGGAGAAGGGGCUGGAAAACGGGUUGUGGGAGCAGCCGAGGGCCCUGGGGCUGUUUACCCUGGAGAAGAGAAGGCUGAGGAGAGACCUCAUGGCCCUCUGCAACUCUGGAAAGGAGGUUGGAGCGAGGUGGGUGCUGGGCUGUUCUCCCAAGUGACAGGUGAUAGGACAAGAGGAAAUGGCCUCAAAUUGUGCCAGGGGAGGUUUAGAUUGCAUAUUAGGGAAAAUUCCUUCCCUGAAAGGGUUCUCACGCGCUGGAACGGCUGCCCAGGGUGGUGGUGGAGUCACCAUUGCUAGAGGGGUUUAAAAGCUGAGCAUACCAGGUACUCAGGGAUCUAGUUCAGUACUGGACAGGGGGAUGGUUGGACUCGAUGAUCUCAAAGUUCUUUUUCAACCAACCGAUUCACAUUCUAUGAGUACCAUAAGGCCAUUCCAGCCCGGGAAGGCGAGCUGGGCUGGCCAGGCAGCAGACUGGCGACAAGACUGGGAGGUGCAGCACAGUGGGGCUACUUUCCAGGGUCUGCUCCCUUCUCUGGUCACACCUCGCCCUGCAUGUGGCUCGGUGCGUGUCCUUGGGGCUGUGCGUCUCUCCUCACAUGCUGUUGCAGUGUGGCGAGUUCCGCUCUCUGAAUGUUUGUCUCCCUACAGGCCGGGGGCAGCCAGUGGCCUGGUCUUCUCUGGGAAGUGCUGUGAUGAAACUUUGCUGAUCAAUGUGAUCUGUGGAGUGGUUUCAGGGGUGAUCUCCUCAGCACUCGCCAAUCCAACAGAUGUGCUGAAGAUUCGAAUGCAGGCUCAAGGCAGUUUAUUCCAGGGUGGCAUGAUUGGCAGCUUCAUUGACAUCUACCAGCAGGAGGGUACCCGUGGCCUCUGGAGGGGUGUUGUCCCGACAGCUCAGAGAGCCGCCAUCGUGGUCGGGGUGGAGCUGCCAGUCUACGACAUCACCAAGAAGCACUUAAUUCUGUCAGGCCUGAUGGGUGACACCAUCUUUGCCCACUUUGUCUCCAGUUUUACGUGUGGGCUGGCUGGGGCCAUCGCCUCCAACCCUGUGGACGUGGUGCGGACUCGGAUGAUGAACCAGCGGGCAAUAGUGGGCAGCACGGAGCUCUAUAAGGGCACUCUGGACGGGCUCGUGAAGACAUGGAAGAGUGAGGGCUUCUUUGCACUCUAUAAAGGUUUCUGGCCCAACUGGCUUCGGCUCGGUCCCUGGAACAUCAUUUUUUUUAUCACAUAUGAGCAGUUGAAGCGCCUUCCAUUCUGACGACUGGAGUUAUUCCAUGAGAGUCAUCUCCAAGACUUGCAGCAGAGAGUUUUGCUGCAGCCUUCCUCUUCAUUUCACCAUUCCCACGUUUGGAUAUUUUGGUACAUGUGGGUCUGGGCUCCCCCUCUCCCAAACGCAUGGUCCCUGGAGCAUGAUGUGCCUGCAGUAUAACUGGGGGGCUGGGGGCAGGUGCCGCAUGGUUUUUCACAUGGAGGCAGGUAUGAGCGGAAUACUGGGCAGUAGUGAGCGUCCUGGCCUGGAGCAAUGUCUUCUGUGAAGAUCCGUGUGUUCCCGUGGCCUUUUGGUGCAGCUGUGGGUGGUUGUUUGCCUCGUGCACUUUUCUGCCAUGCCUGCAGGUCUCUGGAGGCUGGGAAGGGGCGCUGUUGUGUUUUCUUGACGAACUGUAACCUCAUUAAAUUAUUUAUUG